UUUACACGAACACCUGAACGAAGGGUCAAAUCACUCCCUCAACUUGUCAUAGAAUACUAGAUAGGUCAGAUUUUGGAGAAAUUUUGGGCAUCAUCGUUGAUUUGAAAUUUUCGGAUCAGGUCAGAUUUUGGAGAAAUUCUGAUUUGAAGAUGAGUAGGAUUACCAAGUAUUCAAAUAAAUUAUCAACUGGAUGGUGUAUAUUAGCAAGAAGGUUCAAUUCAAGCAUACCCGCAAGUGAAAUUUCCAAUGAUGUAACCAAAAAGGUAUGUAAAAUCUUGAUGUCAUCACCCGCAGUAACUCUUGAUACUUCUCUUGACCAAAAUGGUGUCCGGGUUUCACCUGAAAUUGUUGAGGAUGUUCUUAAGAGAUUUGAGAAUGCUGGUAUGGUAGCAUAUCGAUUCUUUGAGUGGGCCGAGAAGCAGCGACAUUAUACGCAUAGCAUUAGAGCUUAUCAUACCAUGAUAGAGUCUUUAGCUAAGAUAAGACAGUAUCAGAUCAUGUGGGAUCUUGUCAAUGCCAUGAGGAAGAAGAGAAUGUUAAAUGUUGAAACGUUUUGUAUUAUUAUGAGAAAGUAUGCCAGAGCUCAGAAGUUAGAGGAAGCUGUUUAUACAUUUAAUGUUAUGGACAAGUAUGAUGUUCCACCCAAUUUAGCAGCCUUCAAUGGGUUGCUUAGUGCUUUAUGCAAGUCCAAGAAUGUCAGGAAAGCUCAAGAGAUUUUUGAUGGUAUGAAACACCAGUUUGCUCCUGAUUCGAAAACGUAUAGUAUUUUGCUUGAAGGAUGGGGAAAGGCUCCGAAUUUGCCUAAGGCGAGGGAAAUUUUUCGAGAAAUGGUUGACGUUGAUUGCAGCCCGGAUAUUGUGACUUAUGGAAUCAUGGUAGAUAUUCUUUGCAAGGCUGGAAGGGUUGAUGAAGCACUUGGCAUUGUUAGGGAAAUGGAUUCCACAUUGUGUAAGCCAACGUCUUUUAUUUAUAGUGUUUUGGUUCAUACUUAUGGGAUUGAAAAUCGGAUUGAAGACGCUGUUGAUACAUUUCUAGGAAUGGAAAAGAAUGGAGUCAAGGCUGAUGUGGCUGUAUAUAAUGCUCUGAUUGGUGCUUUUUGCAAAGUCAAUAAAUUUAAGAAUGUUUACAGGGUCUUAAAUGAGAUGGAUUACAAGGGUGUGAAACCCAAUUCAAGAACCUUCAAUAUCAUUCUGAAUAGUUUAAUUGCCCGUGGAGAGACUGAUGAGGCUUUUAAGGUGUUUCGCAAGAUGAUCAGGGUAUGCGAGCCGGACGCAGACACAUAUACGGUGAUGAUAAAAAUGUUUUGCGACAAAAAAGAGUUAGAGAUGGCUCUUAAGGUGUGGAGUUACAUGAAGAAAAAACGAUUUGUUCCGAGUAUGCAUACGUUUUCAGUGCUUAUAAAUGGAGUAUGUGAGAAAGGUGAUGUUUCUCAAGCUUGUGUUUUGUUGGAAGAUAUGAUAGAAAAGGGAAUUCGUCCUUCAGGUGCGACUUUUGGAAGGUUAAGACAUUUGCUCAUAAAAGAAGGAAGAGAAGAUGUCCUUGAAUUUCUUCAAGAAAAAAUUAAUGUUCUUGUAAAGGAGCCUUUAUGGGAUUGAUUGAUUAUGUUCUAACAACUAAAGAUUAUUUGUUGUGUUAAUCAAUCACUGAAAAGAUUUUUUUGCAGUUAGGCCAUGCCAAUCAGCCGCAUGGAUGCAGUCAAGAGAAAUUUGAGAGUGAGAUUCUCCAUGGAUAUUUUUGAAAGCCCCUCUUUCAGAUUACAGCUUUGCUGAUAAGGUUGGAUGCCAGGACAGUAGGAGCAUAUGGAUCUAGCCAGAGAGAAGCUGUAAGGGAAUCACUUGUGCUACAAAAAAAUGGCAAUACUGCAGCUAGUCUUUUGCUGCCCUUGCCCAAGAAAGCACAAAAGAUUCUCGUUGCUGGCACUCACGCUGACAACUUGGGUUAUCAGUGCGGUGGUCGGACAAUCCAAUGGCAUGGACUUGGCGGAAACACUCUCACUGCUGGAACCACAAUCCUAUGAAUGUUGGCGAUCCUAAAUAUGAUCUGCUCGGUCCAUUCAGAUUUUGCCUCAAGACUAUGUUUACUGAAGCUAUAUACCUCAACUUGAACAUUGUCUGAUUCAUAUGCUUUAAUAUAAAUCCUGACAUUGUAAAUAUUAUUUUUCAAAAAUACCUUCUGAAAAUGUGUUAUUUCGCUCAAUGUUGAACUUCAAAAAAAUUCGCAAAAUAAAUAAAUUCUGAUCUAUGUUGUUGAUGUA